CCUUUGUUCUAUUCAAAGGAGCUAGAGAGAAAACCAUUCUUUAAAAGAGGGCAAAAAAUAUGGAAGAAAAUCUUCCUCCGGGGUUCAGAUUUCAUCCUACAGACGAGGAGCUGAUAACGCAUUAUCUUUGUCGGAAAGUCUCCGAUACUGGAUUCACCGGUAAAGCUGUCGUCGACGUUGAUUUCAACAAGUGUGAACCUUGGGAUUUGCCAGCCAAAGCUUCAAUGGGAGAGAAAGAGUGGUACUUCUUCAACCUAAGAGACCGGAAAUACCCAACCGGUUUAAGGACAAACCGAGCAACUGAAGCCGGUUAUUGGAAAACCACAGGUAAAGAUAAAGAGAUAUACCAAAGUGGAGUGCUGGUUGGGAUGAAGAAAACCCUUGUUUUCUACAAAGGAAGAGCUCCAAAGGGUGAGAAAAGCAAUUGGGUUAUGCAUGAGUAUAGGCUUGAGACCAAACAACCCUUCAAACCCGCUAAGGAGGAAUGGGUAGUGUGUAGGGUUUUCGAAAAGAGCACAUCAGCAAAGAAACCACAAGAACAACAACCUCAACCAUCUUUUGGAUCUCCAUGUGAUGCAAGCUCAUCAAUGGCAAAUGAGUUUGAAGAUAUCGAGCUUCAAAAUCUGAAUUCAAACUCAUCAACCAUCGACUACAACCAUAUUCAUCAAUACUCGCAAAACGGUGUUUAUUCACAAGACAAUACAACAAGCACGGCUUGUCUCAAUAUGAACAUGGCUGCUAAUAAUAUCACGUCUUGGUCGACGACAAACCUACUUGGUCAGCCUUUAUCUCCAAUCAACUCUUUGUUGCUCAAGGCUUUCCAAAUUAGAAACUCUUAUAUAAAUAUCAAUCCUUCUACUCUUCAACAAGGAGUCUCCAAUAUCAUGCAAAAUGGUUCAAGUUCGUCCCAACCCCAGCCGCAAGAGGAAGCUUUUAAUAUGGACUCCAUAUGGUGAUGAAGGGAUUUAAACCACUAGUAAAUUUGAAAUCUCUAACUUGUUAUUAUAUAUUUAUGCAAUUUCCAUUAAACUCAAUUGUAUCAUUGCAUGUACACGUUGAUAAUCUAUAAGGUCAAGUAAAUUAAGUUUCCAAUAUUCAUGUCGACAUCCUUCUUAAUUAUAUGUCAUAAAACUUGUUGCCCAGACAUAUAGAUCAAUAAAGAUUUGUUAAAUACA